AAUGCAGCUCUAUUCAGCCGUCUCUCGCCCGAGCCUUUGCGCGUUUCCUAGCUAUAGUCUGCCUUUCUUACCGUUUGUUUCUCGUAGAGAACAGCUUAGGUCUCCCAAGAAGAUGAAGGUGUUGCUUCUGUGUGGAGUCAUCCUAGCCGGAGCUUUCCUUGCUGAGGCUGCUGGUGGAAGCGAGCUGUGCUCUUUGAGCAACGAAGGAUUCAAGGUAUUUUUGAAGUGCAUGGGAGACCACGUCAACCCAGAGUUCAAGGCAACAGUAAAGGAAGUCAUCGGCGACAAGACGGACCGUGUGUACGACAUCUUCAAGAAGCAGUGCGAGGCUGGAGUGGACUUCGGCGCCGUGCUGACGACGGUGUUCUCGGAUCAAGUAGCGAGUUCCGUGAGAAGCGCCUACGCUCAAUGCAAGCCAGUUCAAAGUUGAAGCGCUUCACCAUAACCAACGAACCCGAAGACAAAGAGUUCAGCAGUCCACAUGGUGGAGUCACAGUGCAAAUAAAACAGACACAAAGAACACAAGACAAA